UAAUAAGCCAUAACACAUACCUUCGCUUAUGCUUGACGCCACCAUCCAUUUUCAACCAUGUCAAUGGCAUCAUCAAACACCAAGGAAAGGGUUCUGAUUUGCAUUGGGGACAUCCAUGGAUACAUAACCAAGCUCCAAAACCUCUGGUCCAACCUUCAAACCCUAAUUCCACCCUCUGAUUUCCAGUCUGCCCGCAUCAUCUUCCUCGGCGAUUACUGUGAUCGCGGCCCUGAUACUCGCAAAGUAUUAGAUUUCCUAAUCGAACUCCCCUCAAAAUACCCAAACCAAUCCCAUGUCUUCCUCGCCGGAAACCAUGACUUCGCCUUUGCGGCGUUUGUAGGAUCCAUCCCUCCGCCGCCAGAUGGAUCGGCGUUUUCUGCUACGUGGGAUGAGUUUAAGCCGAGCGAGGAGAGAGAAGGGUGGUACAAAGACGAUGGGUAUGAGAACAUGCAUUUGCAAGGGAGGAGGUGGGCUGGGAAGAUAACUGUCAAGUUUAAUGCUGCUAAAGGUACAGAGUACAAGGGUUCCAUUUAUGAUGCUGGCACCACUUUUGAAUCUUAUGGGGUUCCUCAUGGCUCUCCUGAUUUGAUGAAAGCAGUUCCUGAUGAACACAAGAAGUUUCUUGCUGAUUUGGUGUGGAUCCAUGAAGAGGAUAAUGUGUGCAUAGAAACAGACACAGGACUUGUAUCGUGUAAGUUGAUUGCGGUUCAUGGUGGUUUGGAGAGAGGGAAAGAUGUCGAAGAGCAGAUUAAAUAUCUGAAGGCAAAGGACACCAGGAUCCCAAAGGUGGAGCCUCUUAGCGGUAGAAAGAGCGUAUGGGACAUCCCCGAGGAACUGAGCAAAAGCCCGACGAUCGUGGUAAGUGGUCACCAUGGAAAGCUUCAUGUGGACGGGCUUAGACUGAUUAUCGAUGAAGGCGGUGGGCUUGAACAAAAUCCGGUGGCUGCAAUUGUGCUUCCUUCAAAGAUUAUUGUCCGCGACACCGAUAAGUUGGGAGAAUGACUGCUUGUAUGAGGUAUAUCGCGUUACUUGUUGAAAUUAUAGUUUUAGAAUAUAAAACGAGCAUGUAUUUCAUGCACUUUUUACUAGCGGGGCUAUUUACAUAAACAAUCACUCUACUCUACUCUACUCUUUAGGGUAAAGGUCACGUUUGCGUA